AUGGGCCGCCGUGAUGACAACAUUUCUCGGUCCAUCAUCCUCGCCAUUCUCCAAGACGACAAGGCUGAGGGCGGCUUCCGGAUUUGGCGUCUAUUUCGCAAGUUCUUUGCACUCUACCGGCUCGUACUCGCCCGGUUACGGCCGGAGCUGUUCCAGAAUCUACGGAACAAAACAUGGAAGAUAUCAGAGGAAGACUAUAAGGGCAGCUUCGGGGGGGGCAGCGAGUCGUUGAUCCCACAGGGCGACAUGGGGUAUUCGGGAUCGACAUUCUUCACCACCGCGGACAACAAGUACCUGAUCAAGUCCGUCCCCCGCCGGUUCGAGCACACGUUCUUCCGUGAUGACCUGCUGGAGCCCUACGUCUCGCACAUGGAAUCGCACCGGGAAUCCCUCUUGGUACACAUCACAGAUUUCCUUGCCUGGCGGCACCGCAGCCUCGGCGGUCUGUUGGGGUUUGUCCCCAACUACCAUCUCGUCAUGGAGAACCUCCUGUACGGCCAGGAACAUGAUUCCAGCUGGCAGGCCUUCGACUUGAAACCCAUGUCGUACUUCUUCCCCGAGAGAGAUAUUGCCGGCGGAAGACUUGCUUCGCAGGCGACCAAAUCCAAGCUUGCUGACGAGUUCCACGACAAAUUGCGGCUCAACCGAACUCAAGCAGAUAUGUUUUUCAAGACUCUUGAAGCCGACACCGAGCUUCUCGUGAAACAUAACGCAGUCGACUACAGUCUGAUGCUAGUGAGGAUCCCUCGAGCGUCGUCGUAUACUCGCGAGGGCGAUGCUUCCGACCCAUUCCAAGACCCGCAACCACUGGACUGGCGAGAAGGCGUGCCAUCACAGGACAACAAAUGGCUGUUUCGCGCCGUCAUUCUCGACUUUUUCUGGGCCAAGCACAAGGUCCGAGCCAAAGCUAUGACGCUGCUGGUCGACAUGUGGAAUCUCGUCGAUCGCAAGGGCCCCAUGAGCAUCACCACCACGGCUCCCGAGUAUCGCGGCAGGUUUCUCGACAUGUGUAGGAGCAUCGUUCAAGUCGAAGAUGACCUGGCCCCGGAGGAGUCUGCAUCGUGA